UUCAACAAACCACCUCUGAUGUCUCGGGGUCAUCAAAUAAAAUUAAUACUGAAUUACCUGAAACUCGACCUAAUAAAGUGCAAAAAAUUAGUCAAAUAGAAGAAGAUUCUGUAACUGAAAGAACUAAAAGUGAAGAGCUCUCAAGCCAAACAUCAUAUAAUAUGGGUUCGCCACUUCAUUUUUCAUCUCAAGAACAAAAUGAGGAUCAUCAAGUAAUUGUGGUUGAUCAAUCUUUAAAAGUUCCAGAUGUUAAAAUAUUAACAAAUCGUGUAAGCAAAUCAAAUAAAACAAAAUUAGCAGCAAGGGCUCCUAGUUGGGUUUGGGAUCAUAUGAAAAAGGACAAAUCAAAAAAAAAAUUUAGAUGUGAUGUAGUUAUAACUAAACUAAAUGGAAAUGAAAAAAAAUGUGAUAAAACAUUUAGUAUUGCAACAUCAACCACACACCUUGGUGAACACCUCAAUUAUGUCCACAGAAUUUUUUCUUAUCAACAAUAUGGAAAAAAUUCAGAUGGACAAACAAUAAUAGAUCCAGAUAAAUCAAUGCCGACCAUAUCUUCAAUGUUUUCAAAAAUGGAAGCUCAUAAGCCGGUUAAGCAACAAAAAUUAUUAUAUCGUUUGACUGCAUGGAUAGUUGAUGAUUGUCAAGCAUUGACCGUUGUGGAAGGAAGAUAUUUUCAACAAUUUUGUUAUGAGAUGGAUCCUCGUUUUAAGCCACUAUUGGAAGAUGAAGAUUCUGAAUCAGAACCUGAAGAUUUGACUGAAUCAUUAGAACAACCAACAACAUCACAAUCACAAAAAAAAAAUAACUUAUCCAUCGUUGAACCUAUUCAUUCUAUGACUAAACGUUGGGAAGCAUCUUUAAUAGAGGCUUACAUUGCUUCUUACCUAGAUCCUCGAUUCAAAAAUAUGUCCUUUGACAAAGAAAAAAAAAAAGAAGUUCAAGAAAUGAUCGCGGAAAUGAUAAAAACAAAUACUAUUGAUACCCAGAACAAACUGAAAUAG